AUGGGCUCACGCUACGAGGUCGAAGUCACCGUGACCUCCGCCGAGAACCUCAAGAACGUUAACUGGCGCCACGGCAAGCUCCGCCCCUACGCCGUCGUCUGGGUCGACCCCGCCGCCGCCAAGCGCUCCACCCGCGUCGACGAGGACGGCGAUAUCUCCCCCCGCUGGGGCGACAGGCUCCUCAUCCCCUUCGACUCCCCGAUCGAGGACUCCUCCCUCUGCGUCGACGUCGUCCACGCCGACGCCGCCGAGGACACCAAGCCGCUCAUCGGAUCCGCCAGGCUCCGCCUCCGCGACCUCGUCGAAGACGCCGGCCUCGGCGUCGCUGCCGAGAGGAGACUCGAGCUGAAGCGCCCCUCCGGCCGGCCACAGGGGAAGCUCGAGGUCAGGGUCUCCGUCCGGGAGCCGCCGCGGUACCCCGCGCCGGAUCCGUACCACGCGCCGCCGUACGGCGUGCCUCCGCCGGGGACCAGGGAGUACUAUUCGCCGCCGCCGUACGGUGGCCCCUACGGCGGGCCUCCGGCCUAUGCGGCCCCUCCGGCAGGUUAUCCUGGCGCGUACGGCGCACCACCGCCGAUCUACGGUCAGCCGGCGUACGGUCAGGGCGGGUACUACGUGCAGGACGGGUACAGCGGGCAGCAGCAGGGGUAUGGGGAGGAGCACAAGAAAAGCAAGUUCGGAGGGAUGGGUACGGGAUUGGCUGUGGGUGCGGUCGCAGGGGCAUUGGGUGGACUCGCGCUGGCGGAGGGUGUGGAUGCGCUGGAGGACAAGAUUGCUGAUGACGUGGCGGAUCGGGUGGAGGACGAUUUGGGUUACGAUGGGGAUGACUUUUAG